UGCGGUGAGGCGAGCGAACUGCUUUCAUAGGCAUGGACAUGGUGCAAGAUGUGAUGCUUCUGGGAGCAUGUAUAUGGUAGCAUUUGGGGUGUUCCAACUGAUUCUGUCGCAGUUGCCGAGCUUGGAGAACAUAACAUGGCUCUCUGUGGUGGCGGUGGCGACAUCAUUUGGUUAUUCCUUCAUCAGCCUUGGCCUCUGUAUUGGUAAAUGGGUGUCUCAUGGAGACUUUAGAGGGACAUUAGCUGGUGCUACUGAUGGAUCAUCUGGUGACAAGGCAUUUAAUGUGCUCCUCGCCCUUGGAAACAUGGCUUUUUCUUAUACUUUUGCUGAUGUCUUGAUUGAGAUACAGGACACAUUGAAGUCACCACCUCCAGAGAACAAGACCAUGAAGAAGGCGACGUUCUACGGACUUGGGCUAAGCACCAUCUUCUACCUAUCCCUUGGUUGCAUAGGAUAUGCUGCAUUUGGAAAUGAUGCUCCUGGUAACAUCCUCACUGGCUUUGGAUUCUAUGAGCCCUUCUGGCUUGUCGACAUAGCCAAUAUAUGUGUCAUAGUUCAUCUCAUUGGGGCAUACCAGGUCUAUGCGCAACCAAUCUUCUUCCGGUUUGAGAACUAUAUUGCCUCUAGGUGGCCAGAAGCCAAGUUCAUUCACACAACCUACUAUGUCAGAGUGCCAUUUACAGAGGUUGGCUCACUGAGCUUUACGCUGUCGAAGCUUGUCCUGCGAACUAUCUUCAUCAUGUUCACGACUCUGGUCGCCAUGCUGCUGCCUUUCUUUAAUGCAGUUCUAGGCCUUAUUGGUGCUUUAGGCUUCUGGCCACUAUCAGUUUAUUUUCCAGUGGGCAUGCACAUGGCUCAGAAAAAGAUCAGAAGGGGAGCACCAAAAUGGUUCUUGUUGCAGGGUCUUAGUUUCCUUUGUCUACUAAUCUCUCUUGCUGCAAGCAUUGGCUCUGUGGCUGAUAUUGUACAUAACCUUAAGGUUGCUGCUCCUUUCAAGACUGUUUACUAGGGGUGUGCUGAUGAAUCCACACAUCGCAUUUUGCUGUUGCUGCUGGAAUUAACUGUGAUGUAAGGAAAUUAUUAUGAGAAGCCAAAUAUGAAUCUAAAAAAUAUUGGAUUCUGCCAUGCAGUUAGUAC